AUGAAAGGCUUUUGGGUCGACGCCUCCACAGCCUCCUGUGCUCCGGCGAGGGUCGACGCCUCCACCGCCGCCUGCGUUCUGGUGAGGGCCGACGCCGCCACCUCCUGUGUGGAGGGUCUUACGGGGAGGGAGGUGGUGGUGACCACCCCUGCUGCAGUUUCAGUGCUGGUCUCCAUAUUCGCUGCAGUCCUGGUGGAGGUCCUUCUAACUACACCAGCUGAGCCCUCAACACUGUCUGCAGCUGAGUCCUCGCCGUCUGCAGCUGAGUCCUCGCCGUCUGCAGCUGAGUCCUCGCCGUCUGCAGCUGAAUCCUCCUUGCCGUCUGCAGCUGAAUCCUCCUUGCCGUCUGCAGCUGAAUCCUCCUUGCCGUCUGCAGCUGAAUCCUCCUCGCCGUCUGCAGCUGAGUCCUCCUUGCCAUCUGCAGCUGAGUCCUCCUUGCCAUCUGCAGCUGAGUCCUCCUUGCCAUCUGCAGCUGAAUCCUCCUUGCCAUCUGCAGCUGAGUCCUCCUGGCCGUCUGCAGCUGAGUCCUCCUCGCCGUCUGCAGCUGAGUCCUCCUGGCCGUCUGCAGCUGAGUCCUCCUCGCCGUCUGCAGCUGAGUCCUCCUGGCCGUCUGCAGCUGAGUCCUCCUGGCCGUCUGCAGCUGAGGACUCCUUGCCGUCUGCAGCUGAGUUCCCCACUCCACCUGAACUCUCACCACCCCCUGCAGAGUCUCCAGUGCCAGCCCCUGCAGAGUCUCCUCUGCRGGUCCCUCCAGAGUACCUCCAUGGCUGGGCUCCUGGUCGCCCACCUGAGAUCCGCUUUUUCAGCGGCUGAGCACCGGGCCAUCUCCCUGAGCCCCAUCAUUGUCGCGGCCAAGCUCCAGGUCGCCCGCCAGAGCUCCACCUUCACUGCGGCUGUGCCCAUGGUCACCCACAGAACCCCUUUCCCUGUCUGUGCUGGGUUCCUGGACGCCCACCUGAACUUUUCUGCCCUCCAGGUGUGCCUAGGGCCAUCUUAGUGACUUGUGUUGUUUUUUCCCAGGACUUUUUCCUGUCGGUUUUUGGUUUCGUUUUUUUUUCUUUUUGUUUUUGUGUCCCCUUCAUUGUCUUUUGUCUCAUGCCCUCCAUCCUGUCUUUGUGUUGGUACCCUCCUCCACCCUCCAGUGUCCAUUGUUGUAUCAUCAGGUGAUGAUUCGUAGAAGUGGGGUACGAUGAGGAUUUGUGUUUUCUGUCGUCUUGUGUCUACCUCUCUCUGGUGUACCUCUCUAAGUUCAGUUAGCCGUGGUCACCAUCUUGACUUGGACUGGCUUCAAAGGUUAAUCAAGUGUGGAGGUACAGAAGUGGGCAUCACAUAGUUCCCUCACAGCAUCCAGGUCUGUGGGUCAAGCUCGGGUUGGAUUUGAGGUCUUUCCGUGUGGGGUUUUGCACAUUUUCCACGU